CGGAGCUAGAGACGGCGCUCCGCGGCGGCGGCGGGGGCACGGCGGCGAGCACACGCGUGGCGGCUGUCCCGGCCUCGGCGGCCCCAUGGAGGAGAGCGAGCCCCUGUUGUCCGGGGCUCGCAGCCCCCGCGUCUCGGGCUCGGGCCCCCUGGACGGGCUGGGCGGGCGCGGUCCCGACCCCGGCCGCUCGUACGGCGCCCCGGCCGAGCCAGGUGCCAACGCCUGCCGGGAUCUUUGCAUCAACCAGGCCGUGGUGUUUAUCGAGGAUGCUAUCCAGUACCGUUCCAUCAAUCACCGCAUGGACUCCAUGUCGCUGGCGCUGUACCGAUGGCAUUACUCACGCAUCUGCCAGGGGGUGCUCAGUUUCACCAUUUUCCUGAUCCUGUCUCUGGCCUUCGUCGAGACCCCUUCUUCCCUCACGAUCACCUCGGAUGUCCGCUACCGCCGGGCCCCCUGGGAGCCUCCGUGUGGCCUGACGGAGAGCAUCGAGGCGUUGUGCUUCCUGGUGUUCAUGGCGGACGUGUCCGUGAAGAGUUAUUUGAUUGGAUGGAGAGAAUUUCUGAAGAACCGCUGGCUGUUGGCCUACAUCGUGGCCCUGGUGGUGUCUCUGACCGACUGGACCGUGUCCUUGAGCUUUGGCUGUCGGGAGACAGUGCGUGUCCGCCGGCUCGUGCGGCCCUUCUUCCUGCUCCAGAACUCUUCCAUGAUGAAGAAGACGCUGAAAUGCAUCAAACGGACGCUGCCCGAGAUGGCCAGCGUCGCCCUGCUGCUCUUCGUCCACCUGUGCCUCUUCACGAUGCUGGGAAUGCUGCUGUUCAUGCGGGAAAAGGAUGACCAGACGGACCAGGAGCGGCGGCUGUAUUUUCAGAACUUGCCAGAGUCGCUGACCUCCCUUCUGGUGCUGCUGACCACGGCCAACAACCCCGACGUGAUGAUUCCUGCAUAUUCCAAGAACCGGGCCUAUUCCAUCUUCUUCAUCGUCUUCACCGUGAUUGGAAGUUUGUUUCUGAUGAACCUGCUGACUGCCAUCAUCUAUAACCAGUUCAGGGGCUACCUCAUGGAAUCGAUUCAGUCCUCACUCUUUAGGAGGCGAUUGGGAAUCCGGGCGGCCUUCGAAGUCCUCUGCUCCCUGGAAGGAGCAGAAAUCCAUCCUCUCGUAGUCGGUGUGAAGCCAGAAACGUUCCUCCAGGUGAUACAGAAAGUGAAAAUGAACCUUUACUGCAAGGAAGCCAUCAUCCAGACUGUUGGAUCCCACGCUGGUGGACUGAUGUCGGCUGAUCAGUUCCAGAGCGUCUUCGAUGAGCUGGACAAGGACGCGAUUAAGGAGCAUCCGCCUCGGCCUGAGUACCAUUCCGCUAUCCUGCAACGUGCACAGUCUAUCUUUGGCCAUCGCUAUUUUGACUACUUGGGGAACCUAGUGGCCUUUGGAAACAUCGUUUCCAUUUGUGUGUUCUUGGUGAUAGACGCAGACAAGUUGCCCAGUGAGCGGGAUGACUUCAUUUUGGGGGUCCUGAAUUGUUUCUUCAUCCUCUACUACAUGCUGGAGAUGCUGCUGAAGGUGUUUGCGCUGGGCCUGAAAGGCUAUGUCUCCUUCUGCAGCAACGUCUUUGAUGGGAUUCUCACCGUGAUCCUGCUGGUUUUGGAGAUCUCCACUCUCGCUGCGUACCGAUUUCCUCAUCCGGGCUGGAAGCCGGAGAUGCUGGGCCUCUUGUCUCUGUGGGACAUGGCCAGGCUGGUGAAUAUGUUCAUUGUGUUUCGGUUCUUAAGGAUCAUCCCCAAUAUGAAGCUGAUGUCCUUGGUGGCUGGGACCCUCCUGGACUUGAUCAGAAACAUGAGAGCCUUUGCAGGGAUCCUGGUGGUGGUUUACUAUGUUUUUGCCAUUGUUGGGAUCGGCCUGUUCCAAGGAGCCAUUGAAUCCCCUCCAGGAAACAACAGCCUGGUCUAUGCCAACAGCAGUGCACCGUGUGGCACCUUUGAGCAGCUGGAGUAUUGGCCCAAUAACUUCGAUGACUUUGCGGCUGCCCUGGUGACUCUCUGGGAUAUAAUGGUCGUCAAUAACUGGCAGGUUUUCCUGGAUGUGUAUACGCGGUACUCCAGCCCGUGGUCGAAGCUCUACUUCGUGGCCUGGUGGCUGGUGUCCUCCGUCGUCUGGAUGAACCUCUUUGUGGCCCUGAUUCUGGAGAACUUCAUUCACAAGUGGGACCGCCGAGGCCAGCAGCAGCCCGUGCCUGGGGCGUGCCAGGCACCGUACCAGAUGACGGUGGAGCUUAUGUUUAGGGAUGUCCUACAGGAACCUACAGAAGAAGAGUUGGUGGAGAAGUUGAUGCGGCAUCCCCACCUCCACCUCUGGAGGUGACAGGCGCCCCGCCCCCGCCCUCAGCCCGGGACGGACACAGCAGGAAGCCCUGCAGAGUGCCGUCACGGGGGGCCCUUGCGAGGGAAGGACAGAGAGGAUGGGGUUCCCUGCAUUAGAAUCGUUUUCAUCUUGCAAACCACUGCGCCCAUCUGUGUGGAAGGAGGACCGUCUGCCCUGUGCCGGGAGGACCACUGACCACGUGAAUGUUGGUGUGGACUCUGGCUCUGGACACCGACUGACUAUGAGACCCCUCUCCUCUGCCACUGGUGGGCUUCUGAGCCGCUGCUAUGACCCCGUCGCAUUUUACCUCACAAGCCGGUAGGAGUGCAACAGGCCGUGGCUGGGAGUUGCCAGAGGGUGAGACCACCAGGUCUGGGGGUUGACCUCCCACGGUGCCUUGGGGGGCUCUGGGGCAGUCCUGGCUUUUUGUAUGCAGAUGAACCAGAUUUAUUUUUUAGCCUGAAUGAUGACUCCAGCCGUGCUGUGCCUAAAAGGGACUUGAGGGAGGCGGCAGUGUGCCCACUUCUCUGGGGCCGCUGGCUCAGAUGGGCAGUCCUCCCAAGGAAGGCUUCUCCUGCAUCUCUCCUAAGCCUGCCCCCUUCGUCGGCCUUAGCCCCUGAGCUCCGUGGGAGCUGGGCAAGGAACCCUCAGCCUUCGCAGCCAGGCCUGCUGGUUGUCUUAGAUGGUGGCAGGAAAUUUUGCGGGUUUUCCACAUGGGUCAAUGUGACCAUGGACUGGAGCUGAUGACAUAGUUGAGUCUCCUCUCCCCUACCCCUCUCUCCACCUGCUGUCCUGCCCUAAUAUGUGCUAAGUUUAAGUCAGAUCUAUCGUAGGAGAAAGUGGUACGUGUUGAUUGUAGUUUCUGUGAGCAGCCCUUGUGGGACCCUUCCUCGUCUCUCCUGCUUCUUUUCCCUUCUCAGAAGUAGUCCAUGGGGUUUGAAGGGGUGAGGAGCCCAGCGGUACUUGUGCCCCAGCCCCUGGGACCUGAAGAGGCAGGAGUGAAGCGCCUCCGGGGUGCUAGGUGGGCUGCAAAGGGCUCCUGGGAAAGCCGUCCCUUCCCCGUCCGCGUGGAGCCUGCUUUCUGCGGCAGCCCCUGUGCCGGGUGUAAAGGGAGCGAGCCGGAGCUGACCCGCGGCACGGAGGAGGGCUUUCUCUUCUGUCCUCUUCUCCCUUCUGUCUUCCUUCUGCAAUGCCGUGGCAUUGUGAGCACUGCGGCUCACAGCCAGUCCUUUCUGGAAAUCACCACGCCCCACCUCCCCGCCUGUGAACGUGCCUUUGUAGAGCUGGGGCAGCCAUUUUGUUCCACUGUGUGCACCGUUCUGCACCUGUAGUCCCUCACCUCUCCAACAAAGGCAGGGGGAGGAACUGUAUGAAUUUGUAUGAGUCUUAGCGUCAAACCUGUUCUGCUUCUAUUCUUGACCCCCUUCUCCCUUUAUGUGAUCUGAGAUAAAUCCAGUGUUCGGUAGUGCUGGCCAGCAGGAAAGGAAAGGAUGGAGAACAGAGGGAGGGAGGAUGAUUGGUGAGGGGAGGAGAAAUCACUUGUUGUCCACACUGUCUGUUCUAAGACUGUGUGUGUGUGUGUGUGUGUGUGUGUGUGUGUG